AUGAUAAGUCACCUUUGUGGGGUUAUAAAGGAUGUCUUGCUUAAGGUUGGGAAAUUGUACAUUCCAAUGGAUUUCGUUGUACUUGAGAUGGAGGAACAUCAAGAGAUUCCAAUCAUACUGGGACGUCCACUCUUGGCCACUGCAAGUGCACUAAUCAAUGCAAGGAAAGGCAGAAUAACUCUCAAAGUUAGAGAAGAGGUAGUUGAAUCUAUUAUUUUCAAUGCUCUUAAAUACCCUUCCUCCACAGCUCAAUGUUAUAGAGUGGACUUAGCCAAUGAAAGUAAAAGUAAUCUUACUCUACCACCUACAAGUAAGCAAGUACCAACUCAUGAGUCAGAGCCAUUGCCACUAAAUCUCAACACAAAGCAGUGUUAUGGUGAGCAUAAUCUACCACCUUCUAGUGAUCUUGAUUUUGAGGUUGGACAACACGUAACACACUCUAGUUCACACCUCAACCUUUGA